UAGAGUUAGUCAUUUGUAAGAGAGUUUCAGAGUUUUAUAGUAUUUCUUCUUAUCUCGGACGAGAAACAAACAAAAUAGCACACAAUAAUAAUAAUCCCACAUCGUUUGAUGUUUAAAUAACUGAAAUGUUUCGUUGUGCCCUACAGAAUAUGGACAGACUUGUGCGAUUGAAUGCAGGCAUCCACAGGGUGGAGACACACCUGCUGACCUUCGUGCAGCUGAUGGUCGAAAAGGCGGCCAGCGGUGGCGGCCAUCUAAUCAAGGUCGUGCUGGGCGGCAGCGGGCUGAUCGUCAACAUUGCCAUCUCGUGCAGCGGCAAAGUGGUCGGUUUCGUGGUCACGCGGAGUGCCCGCGUUGUGCACCGCUCACGGCUCGGCAUUGCCCAGCUGACUGCCAUGGCAGUCGCCAUCGGCGUCCAACUGUUUGAGACCUGCUGCUGCCGCGGCGCCCAGUUCUACCAGCAGGCCAGCAUCAGAGGCGACGAGCUCAUCGCCAGGACCACAGCCAUCGGAGGCAUGCUGUCCGCCGAGGGUGGACUUCUGCUGGAGCAGGCCAGAGCACGCGGCACCCGCAUCUACCGGAAUGCGUCCACAAACGGAAGUCGGUUGAUCGGCCAGGCCAGCAGCCGGCUUGGCACCACCACAUACCAGCUGGCUCACGUGCUCUCCACAGGUGGCCUGCGGCUGGUCAGCAGAGUGACCAGCGGUGGUGGUUACCUGAUGCAACGCGCCACCUCUGGCGGUGCGCAGUGCCUGAGCAUGCUCGGCGGUGGCGGCGUGCGCUGCUCAAAGCCCUUGGUCGAGGGUUGCGGCUGGCUGCAGGACCUGAUCGAGAAGUACAAACAGCAAAUGACUGAGGCGGAGGCGGAGGCACAGCCAGGGCAAAGGACAUGCAUGGCUGGAAGCUGUACGGGCCGAAGGAGCUGCGGCUGCUGA